AUGAACCACAGUACCGUAACUGAGUUUCUGAUUGUGGGCCUCACCAAAAGGCCUGACCUCCAAGCAAUUCUCUUCCUGGUCCUCCUUGCUAUCUACCUUGUGGCUUUUCUGGGCAACACACUCAUUGUGGUUGUCAUCAUCCACAACUCCACCCUGCACACUCCCAUGUACAUCCUGCUGCUGGCCCUGGCUGUCGUGGACAUCAUCUGUACCUCGAGCAUCAUGCCUAAGGUGCUGGGCACCAUGCUCACAUCAGCAAAGACCAUCUCCUAUGGGGGCUGCCUGUCUCAGCUCUUCUUCUUCACGUGGUCCCUGGGGGCUGAGAUGGUCCUCUUCACCACCAUGGCCUACGACCGCUACAUGGCCAUCUGCCACCCACUCCAUUACAAUGCUACCAUGAGCCGCCAUACCUGCGUGGCCUUGCUAGGUGUCGUCAUGACUGUGGCAACCACCAAUGCCUGGGUACACACGGGUCUCAUCCUGAGGUUGACAUUCUGUGGGCCAAACAUCAUUGACCACUUCUUCUGUGAGAUACCCCCACUGCUGGCUUUGUCCUGCAGCCCUGUGAGAGUCAAUGAAGUCAUGGUGUACAUUGCUGACAUCGUCCUGGCCAUCGGGGACUUCUCCCUCACCUGCGUCUCCUACGGCUUCAUCAUUGCCGCCAUCCUGCGUAUCCGCACAGUGGAGGGCAAGAGAAAGGCCUUCUCCACGUGUUCGUCCCACCUCAUCGUGGUGUCCUUGUACUACUCCCCGGUGAUCUACACCUACAUCCACCCUGCUUCCAGCUACACAUUUGAAAAGGACAAGAUGGUGGCCGCACUCUAUACUGUGGUGACACCCACGCUGAAUCCGAUUGUGUACAGCUUCCGGAACAAGGAGAUGCAGGCAGGGAUUAGAAAGGUGUUUGCUUUCCUGACACAUUAG